UUGAGACUUCAGUGUUGCCUGCCUCUUUGGGGAGAGGCGCUGUUGGCAGGGCUUUCCCCCACACCAUCCCUGUCCAUAACGAGGACAGGAGAGGUGCCACUCGUGGGAACCCAAAGGAAAGGACACCAUGCCACAGAAUGUCAUUCUCCCGGGCCCUGCGCCCUGGGGAUUCAGGCUUUCAGGAGGGAUAGAUUUUAACCAACCUUUAAUCAUCACCAGGGAUGUGAACUACUUUGAACACAAGCACAAUAUUCGGCCCAAACCUUUCAUACUCCCAGGCCGAAGCAGUGAAUCAACAGCUUCUGUGCCUCCUCAGUCAGAUGUAUACAGGAUGCUUCAGGACAAUCGGGAUGGCCCUACUCAACCUCGCCAAUCAGGCUCUUUUAGAGUGCUCCAGGAUUUAGUGGAUGAACCUGAUGAUCGUCCUGCUGGGACAAGGAGUGUAAGAGCCCCUGUCACAAAAGCUUAUGCAGGUGCUGGGAGUGGACAAAAGAUGCCACUGUGUGACAAAUGUGGAAGUGGCAUUGUUGGGGCUGUGGUGAAGGCACGUGAUAAGUACAGGCAUCCAGAGUGCUUCGUGUGUGCCGACUGUAACCUUAACCUCAAACAGAAAGGUUACUUCUUUGUGGAAGGACAACUGUACUGUGAAACCCAUGCGAGAGCCCGCACGAUGCCACCAGAAGGAUAUGAUGCAAUCACUAUUUAUCCAAAAGCUUAACUUGUCUUAUGUGAACACUUAAGGGGCGCGCACACACACACAUUCACCCACACACAUGCACUGCAGAGAAAGACGUUAAUAGCUUUGGGCAGUCAUAUAGAGAAUUGUCUAUUCUAUAAAUCAGAAAUAAUGGAUUUUGAAAGUUGACUUCAUUACCAAUUGAGGAAGUGGGCUAAGGAAACAAAUAUCUGAUGGGGAAGGAGGUGGGGAGGAAAUGCAUAUAUUAAGUUACAUUUUGCAAAUAUGUUAUCUUUGAAGCGAACAAAGUAACUUGUUGACACUGAAAGCAAUAAUAUUUUGUAUGUUCUACAAUCCUAUUUAAAAUUGUUUUAGAAUAAUAGCACAUGUUAAAAAUAUACUCAAGAUAACAUUUGCAUUCAAAUUUGGUUUCCUUAAAAGACUUGCCAAUCUACUACAUAUAAAAUAAUAAUCUUGACUAAUAAUAUUCUCUCAAUUUCUCUGUCUCUUUCAAUUAUGAUAACACAUCUAGGGGGAGAGAAAAACCUUAGAUUUCUUGGAGGGAGGUGAAAAUUAUGUUACUUAGUGAAAUAAACAUAAUAAACACAUGUAAAUAUGUUUAAAAUCACUAAAGAAGUGGGAUGAAUUCCCUGAAUUCUAGUAUAGCCAAUGCCUCCUAAAAAAAGAACUCUAUCAUACACGAUGAUAGCUAAUAUCAUGUAAGUGAGUAGGAAAUGCCACCUGCUUUUUGUUUUGUUUUUUAGUAUUAAUUCUUUCUAAAAUUGAUUCAUUUCCUAAAAACCUAUGUAUGUGCACACGAAUAAAAAACAUUCACAGACAGAAAAAGCAUGGACGACCGCUACAAUGAAUAUUUCAAUGCCUAGGAAUAGAAUCUCUCCUUUGUAGAUUUAAUGAGUUUGAAAUUGAUUUAUUAUUCUUUGCAAUCAAAUUCAUUUUGGAACUCCUUCGGUCAGUGUUAUCAAAACUAAGCUUCCUGUAUAUAGAAUUCUCCCUUUUAAUAAAGAAAUAAAAAUAAAUUGUCAUGUAAAAA